AUGAACUCUUCCAUUGCUUUUUUGAAUUGUAGAGGAGCUAGGAAGAUAAGAGCUUCUCUAUACUUAAAGGAGUUUGUGAAAGAACAUGGUGUUAUUUUUAUUGGUUUAUUGGAAACCAAAGUUACUUAUUUUGAUGGAAAAGAUGUGGAUCAAUUUAUUGGUUAUGAAUGGGACUUUUUCCAUGUUCCUUUAGAAGGGCUUUCAGGAGGUAUUCUUAUGCUUUGGAAGUCAAACUUUGCAUCUUUUCAGGUUUUAGAAUUUUCCUCUCAAUUUAUAAUGGGAGACUUGGAGAUGCUCAAUAUAGGAGUUUGGAGGAUAGCUUCUAUUUAUGGCAACAAGGAUGUCUAUGUUAGGAGAAUGCUUUGGGAAAAGCUGGAGUCCUUUACCUCUAAGGAGAUACCUAUGAUCAUAGGUGGAGACUUCAAUUGCAUUUUAUCUUGUGAUGAUAAGAGGGGAGGGAGAAGAUUCAAUCUUUACCUUGGCACCAAAGAAAUGAAGAUCUUCCUUACAAAUAAUGACUUUCAUGAAGUAGGAUUUGUGGGUCCUAAAUUCACAUGGUGCAAUAAUAAAAAAGGGGUGGAACGAAUCCUUGAGAGGCUAGAUAGAUGUUUUCUCAACCCGGCUGCUCUUUCUUCUAAAAAUCGGUUCUUUAUAAGGAAUUUAGCUCGGGUGGCUUCAGACCACUAUCCAAUCUUAUUGAAUUUUAUAGUUCAUCAAGCUAGCAAGAAAAUCCUUAGAUUUGAGGAUGUAUGGGCAUCCAACAAAGCUUCUAUGGCUGUGGUGAAGAAAGUUUGGAGAAGGAAUUAUAAAGGUAAUGCAUCAAAGAUUAUGGAUAGCAAAAUGAAAAAUUCUCUCAAAGCUCUAUACUAUUGGAGCAAGGCUAAAAUGCAAAAUCUGCUAUCCCUUAAGGAGCUGCUUAUUCAAAUAGAGGAGCUGCAAUUGAAGGAAUCUAAUGAAGGUAUUUUCUCAAAUGAAGACUGCUGGAGUCUUAAAUCAAAAGUGGAGGAACUUAAUUCUACUCUUGCUCGAUUAGAUACUUGGUGGAAACAAAGGGCCAAGGUAAAAUGGAUGAUGGAGGGAGAUCAGAAUUCAAAUUUUUUUCAAGCUUAUGCCUCAGCUAGAAGAAAUUCCAACUUCAUUUCCAAGAUCAAGGACGGUGCAGGAGAAGUAGUAGAGGAUCAGUCUCUUAUUCACAUGUCUUGCUAG